CACGGGAAGAGUUGGUGGUGAAGAAGAACCUGGAAGUGAACCAUCCUGCCUCCGUUCGUCCAAACAGUUUGUUCUUUUUCUUCUGAAUUGUUGGGCUCGUUCUGAGCAUUUCAUUUAUCUGUUGGCUUCUCGGAUCUGUGUCUUUGUGUUGUUUCUUAGUCAUUGCCCUGGAGGUUCCAGUCUGCGCACCUCUUAGCCUUCACUGUCUGCUCAGAGUUUAUACUGUGCCCCUCACAGAAACGUGGGGACCUUGCAGUCGUCUGGGUCCCUUGAAUCCCCUCCUGACCUUUCUGUUGCCUUUCAUGUGUAUUACCUCUAUGCGCGUUGGAAGCCCACCACACAAUAUUUUUUUGUCUACAGUCUUACAUAUUUAAGAACUCCUAAGAGGAAAAUGAUAGUAUUUUAUAUUUACCAUUUCUGUUGCUCUCCCUUCCCUCCUCAAGAUCCAGGCUUCCCUCUGGUAUCAUUUUCCUUUAACCCGAGGAACUUUCUUGAGUGUUCCUCAUACAGCAGGUAUAUUAGUGACAAACUGUGUUCGUUUUCUGCCGUCUGAGAAUUUUUAUUGCACCCUCCUUUCUGAAAGAUAUUUUCCCUGCAUAUAGAAUGCAUCGAUGCCUCUUUUCUUCAAGCACUUAAAAAUAUCCCUACAUAAUGGUUAAAAGCAGGGUGGAUCCUGGCCUGGACCCUGGAACAGAAGGACACUCUUGGGAAACUGCUGAGCCCCAAGCCCCAGCUGGAGCUCAGUAGCAGUGCACCAGUGAGGCCACACAGGCGCGGCUGUGGGGGACACGGGGAGGAAGUCCGCGGGGCUGCCUUUGCACUUGUCCACAAAUCUAAAACCAUCUCAAAAUCAGCAGUCCUUUAAAAUAUAUUUACAGGAAGGAUAUCAAGGGGAGGGUGUCCCAUGGACAGGUGGGCCGGCAUGGGAACUCAGCCAGUCGGGGAACAGAGACCCGCCGAAGAAUGGGGAGCUCUGGGAGCAGGCGGGGAGGUGGAGCUGUGGGCAGGUCCCAGUAGGGGUUGAGCAGCUCCAUAAAUAUCUUAAAGAGCAUGGAGGCUCAGUUUCUUAUAGUCGGAGAAUGGAGUUACCAGGACCACAAGAGAAAAUUAGAAUGAGCCCAGAGUGCUGAACUGGGAAUGAGGACGUCCUGCUCACAGCUGGCCUGUCGCCUCCUGUGUCAGGGCCGGCCCGGGAGUCAGGAGAGGCUGAGGAAGCCGGGAUUGGGACGCAGACUCUCCUGAGGCAAGCGGCGCUGCUGGGACUGGGGCCCACGUGGGAGGGUAUGGGGAGGGGCUGUUGGUCAUGGCCAGUCUCCAUGGCACCCUGCUUCUGGAGGGGACACCAUUGUCUGUGGGAAACACACAUGGAAUGUUCUGGGGGUAGGGAAGUCCGGUCGGCGACUGACUCAAGUGAUUCAGGAGGAAGUUCUUUGUACUCUUCUUCCAACUUUUCUGUGAUUGCCUCAGAAUUAAAGCAGAAUGGCCAAGGACCCCGCAGAGGUAGUGACCCCCCAAAGGAGGUGGCACCUUGUUGGAGGAGUGAGGCCGGGGAGAGGGAGGCGUCCGAGGCACUGCGAGGGAGGAGGCGGGCGGUGUCCCCUCGUUGUGCUCCCGCGCUGGCCUCAUGUUGAGUUUUCAGCCAUCCCUUUCUGUACACACCUCUCGUAGUCAGGACGGGGAGCGCCUUGUAAGGUCCCUCCUGUGGGACCUGCUGAAGAAUGGGGAGCGCUGGAAGCAGGAGCAUUUGUGCUCAUGGUGAAGGGAGGGACUGUCCUCUCCUGGAGGGCAGGGUCAGUGACUUCUCACUUUGCCCUGGGCACCUGCAAGGUAGCUGGCUGUCAUGAGCGGUGCAAUGAGUGAGUGACGGCUUAAAUGAGGCUUUGAGAGUGACAGUAGCUGGCACUUAGAGUCAGCAGCUGUGCCGACCCUGUCGCCCCAGGGGUGUUUCCACCCACACCACACAUCAGGCACCAAAUGUGUGGGUUUUCCACACCAACAAUUGGCCAGUCCUCUGCAGACACCAGCCAGGCAUCCCGUAAUUCAGUUCACUCUGACCCUGCCAUGGUGAUCACGGACCCCGGGGUUAGGCGCUCAGUCACACCAACCUGCCCCCCCACUUCAGAUGUUGACCGCAAGUAGUGGGUCCCUGGGGUACCCACACUUCUGUCCAUCUUGCUACACAUUGGGGGUUCCUAUGACCCCUUCAGGCUUGAUGAUUUGCGGGAGUGGCUCACAGAACUCAGGAAGGCACUUGGUUUGCAUUGCCAGUUUACUAUAAAGGAUGCCACAGCAGGCACAGGUGGGCAGCUGGGUGAGGAGGGGCACGGGCGAGGCCCAGAGGGUCCUGAGCACAGGAGUCUUUGUACCCAGGGAGUUCUGUGGCUGCCCUCACAGCACAGGGAUGAGUUCACCAAACUGAAAGCUUUCCCAAGCCCCUCGUUCAAGGAUUUCCAUGGAGGCCUCGUCAUGGAGACACGAUCAAUUAUGAACUCAGCCUCCAGCCCCUCUCCCCCUUUUGGAGGGUGGGGGUGGGGCUGAAAGGCCCAGGCUUCUCAUCAUGGCUUGGUCUUUAUGAUGACCAGCCCCCUCCCAAGGCCAUCCAGGAGCCCACCAAGAGGUGCCUCAUUAGAACAGAAGACUCUCCUGUCACCCAGGAAGUCCAAGGGAUUUAGGAGCUCUGUGCCAGGCACCCCUAUCACCCCUGUCACUCAGGAAAUUACCAGUGUUCUGAGAGCUGUGUGUCAGGAGCCAGGAGCAGAGGCCAAGUGUAUGCUUCUCAUUCUAUCAGUGCCACAGCCAGGGCUGCUGUUGUGCAGCCAUGUGGAUCAGCUCAGCCCGUCCUCACCCAGCCCUGUCCUUACAGGCGAGGAGGCUGAGGCCACACAGGUGCGUGGCCUUCCCUUAGAGUUGCUUUCCAGAGCCUGGGUGCUUAGCUGCUAUGCUCCGUGUUUAAUAUUCUUGUGUUCCGAUAUAACAACUUGAAAAUUACACAAGAUAACACACUUGAUAACAUUUGAAUAAAUGGGUGUUUUUCAAGAAAUUUUGACUUGCACUUCAGAUUUCCUUUUUAAUAUUUUCGUUGAGCGGAUACUUGCUAUUCCAUAAGAGGAUAUGUCCAGUGUUGUGGCAGAUUUAAUGUUUUAAAUCCUUUGUACAGAAAUCCUGCUCCCAAGUCACAGAUAGGCUGACGGGUCAGAGGACAAGACGUGACUGAGGGCCGAGGGGGCCAUGACACCUGCAAGGCUUUUCUCAGCAAGAUUGAGGACCGUGUUUGAGGAUGUGGGGCAUUGGGCUUUGUCCACAUGGGCUGGCCUCAAGCCCAGCCGGCGACUGCCACAGCAGGCUUCUCCCAGGCUGCUCUCGGUCGGCCAUGCGGACCACGCCAAGCAUCAGGAACUCCCGGGGAAGAAGCCGCUCUCGGAGAAAAAGCUGAAAAGGUAUUUUGUGGACUGUCGGAGAGUGCUUGUCUGUGGAGGAAACGGAGGCGCCGGGGCAAGCUGCUUCCACAGUGAGCCCCGCAAGGAGUUUGGAGGCCCUGAUGGAGGGGACGGAGGCAACGGCGGACAUGUCAUUCUGAGAGUUGACCAGCAAGUCAAGUCCCUGUCGUCAGUCCUGUCGCGGUACCAGGGUUUCAGUGGAGAAGACGGCGGCAGUAAAAACUGCUUCGGGCGCAGUGGUGCCGUCCUCUACGUCCAGGUCCCCGUGGGCACGCUGGUGAAGGAGGGAGGCAGAGUCGUGGCCGACUUGUCUUGCGUGGGGGACGAGUACAUCGCCGCGCUGGGCGGGGCCGGAGGGAAAGGUAACCGUUUCUUCCUGGCCAAUGACAACCGUGCCCCUGUGACCUGUACCCCUGGACAGCCAGGACAGCAGCGAGUUCUCCACCUAGAGCUCAAGACGGUGGCCCACGCUGGCAUGGUGGGAUUUCCCAAUGCCGGGAAGUCCUCACUGCUCCGGGCCAUUUCAAACGCCAGACCCGCUGUGGCUUCCUACCCCUUCACCACCCUGAAGCCCCACGUCGGGAUCGUCCACUAUGAAGGCCACCAACAAAUAGCAGUGGCCGACAUCCCUGGCAUCAUACGAGGCGCCCACCAGAACAGGGGUCUGGGGUCCGCCUUCCUCAGGCACAUCGAGCGCUGCCGCUUUCUCUUGUUCGUGGUGGAUCUUUCUCAGCCUGAGCCGUGGACUCAAGUUGACGAUUUAAAAUAUGAACUGGAGAUGUAUGAAGAGGGCCUGUCUGAGAGGCCCCACGCAAUCAUCGCAAAUAAGAUUGACCUCCCUGAAGCCCGAGCCAAUCUGUCCCAGCUCCGGGAUCACUUGGGAAGGGAGGUCAUUGCGCUGUCAGCGCUGACUGGCGAAAACCUGGAACAGCUGCUGCUGCACCUGAAGGUGCUGCAUGACGCCUACGUGGAGGCCGAGCUGGGCCAGGGCCGCCAGCCGCUCAGGUGGUAGCCACGCCAGAGCGGGGUCGCCUCUGGGCCUCUGUCUGAGCAAACCUGCGUGUGAACGCGGUGGCUUUGAAUGCAUAAAGAAAGUGCCUUGUGGACACAUGGGAACUGUGGUGCUUCUGGGUCUCCGGGGCCCCACCUGCUGGCCUGGGAUGCCCUCAGGUGCGGGAGCAUUCUGUGCCCCCAGCCCGCCUGCCCUCCGUAUUUCCUGCGUCUGUCAGCGUGUGCCGACUGAUUAGACAGGUGGCUCGUUUGUGCUGAUUAACACCCCUAAUGAGGGGUUGGGUUGCCCGUGACGGGGUAGCCCUGCCGCUGACUCGGGUCUCCGCCAGGGUGAGCUCAGCAGAACCACACGGCCAGAGCCCCAGGUCAGAGGUGCAGACCCCGGUUCUCAGCACAGUGUCCAUUAUGCUUCCAUGGCUUGCUAUGGAGAGAGACCUCUGGAUCCACAUUGGGGUUGGGUCUGGCCCGUUGUCCAGCAGCCCUACGGUACAGCAAGCCCAGGCACCAGUGUCUCAGCGAGGCUCACUCUUGCACAAGGGGUGGGGCCGAGGACGCAAGUCCAGGCAGAGCAGCGCAGGCAGCUGUGUGCUUUUCUCCAUCAGCCGUCUGAGAAGAGCAGUGGGGCCAGCUUCUUCCUGUCCUUCAGAACGCUGCGCUGUGCUCGGUGGGAGCCAGGAAGCCUCAGGCUUCACGACUGAAUGCACCCAAUAUCCGACCUGGCUGUGUGUUUCUGGCUGGGCUGCCGUGUGCACAGCAAGUUAACUCAAGGGGGUGUGGGCCAUGGAACUGUCAGCGUUAUUCCCGGAAGGCAGCCGCGGCCUGGGCAGGGUGUAGUGAGGAGUGGAAGGAGACAUGUACCUAGAAAUGUGGGGCAGAAUUUCCACUCGGCUCUGUUUGCUGGGGAUUUAAAGAGAAUCCUUGUGCUGCACCAGGCAGUUGCCGAGCCGAAGGGAGACGGUGGGCAUCCCUCGGUGGGACGGGAGCUAAGGGGGCCUUGCGUUUGCCCCCGAGGCUGCGCAUCACCUUUUCUGUCCAUGGUUUAAGUCUUUGCAGUCAGGUAUUGAUGCCUCCGAGUCAGGCCCAUGCCUGGCGUCUCCCUGACUGCAGGGGGGCCACAGGGCAAGGACAGCUCAGCUGCUGGCAGCCUGCCUGUCCCAUAGACGCCCCCCCAAGUAGUCUCUGACCUCUGACAUGUCCCUGAGGGACCCCUAAGAAAGAAAGUGGAGGGGACACUCCAGAGGCUGACGUGGGAGGAUCGCGUGAGCCUGGGAGGUCGAGGCUGCGGUGAGCUGUGAUUGCACCACUGCACCCCAGCCUGAGUGACAGAGCGAGACCCUGUCUCAAAAAAAAAAGAAAAAGAAAAACAGAGCAUCCUGGGCGCAGUGACUCAUGCCUGUAAUCCCAGCACUUUGGGAGGCCGAGGCGGGUGGAUCACGAGUUCAGGAGAUCGAGACCAUCCCGGCUAACACGGUGAAACCCCGUCUCUACUAAAAAUACAAAAAAUUAGCCGGCCAUGGUGGCGGCGCCUGUAUUCCCAGCUACUCGGGAGGCUGAGGCAGGAGAAUGGCGUGAACCCGGGAGGCGGAGCUUGCAGCGAGCCGAGAUCGCGCCACUGCACUCCAGCCUGGGUGACAGAGCGAGACUCCGUCUCAAAAAAAACAACAACAACAAAGUGGAGAGGACAAAACAGAGAAGGAUGAUCAGAGGGGGACCCUCAGCCCUUCGAGGAGAGACAGCAGCCUCAGGUGAGAUUAGCCACAAGGGUCCUGGGCCGCUUCUCUGCACGCUGGGGUGGGGCGCACCUUGCACAGUAGGCCAGCCUGGGCUUUCAAGAAGAGCAAUUCCGUUUUGAUCUCACAUCAAAUCUGCAGCUAGAACAUGACAGUCCUUUUACCCGAAGCUUUAUUUUAAUGUCUUAUAAUUUCAAAGGUCCUUCUAUCCUAGAAACCAGAGAUGGGUUGUGCAUCUAUUUGCUUUUUCUUUCAGGCCACCACAAAGGAUUUUGUGGAGUCAACCCAGGCCUGAGAGCGUUAAUUAUCCCUGGCUUUCAUCUUUAUGCUCUUGCAGGGGGUUGCUCAAAAUGCCUCGUGGCUCGACCUCUGCACGGAGCCCCUAGCCCAGCCUCCCCGUGGGUUGAAACCUUGAUCUAGGCCUGACUCUGGCUACUCUGGGGACAAGCCCUCGUCCUUGCUGAAGCUGAGGCUCCAGAGGGGGAGUCACCGCCACGAAGGUUGCCCAGAACUUGAAAGCCCCAAGACUUCUCCCUGCCCCACACACAGCUUUUGCCGUCGCGUUCUAGAAGCUGACAGCUUUCUCUCCAACGCUGUUCUCCCUGGGUUUGGUGAAGCUACACUUGGCUUCCCCAGGAGCUUCCUGCCUAAAAACAAAUUUUUGCCACUCUGCUUUUCAAAUGGGAUAUAUGAUUCAUAUACCAUAAAAUUCACCACUUUAUAUAA